UGGGAUUCCCUUUGGAAUGACGCGCAGGGAGGCGCUCCAAAGCACCAAUUGUCCAUUUAUGGGUUGUUUCUUGCCUGGCUCAUUCCGUCAACCAGCAGCCACAAAGUUUAACUUUCUAGAGCAGUCGCUCACUGUAGUACAGUGCGCUCUGAGCGGCUUCCCGGUGCGGCGUACACUAUUAUGGAGCGGCGACACUGGUCCUGAGGAGACAUUAACAUCACCAGAAAAAAGAAAAAAAAAGGACAUCGCGCCAUCACCUUGAUACUUCCACAAAGGUUUUCUUUAUUUUAAUAGACAGUUGCGAAACGGAUUAUAACAAAGGAUCAGCUGCGGUCUGAUAAAGGAAUAAAAAUGGGGAGCCGGGGACACUACCGGUACCACUGGCAAAGCCACAAUGUUAAGCAGAGUGGUGUGGAUGACAUGGUGCUGCUCAGCAAGAUCAGCGAGGAUGCCAUUGUGGAAAACCUAAAGAAAAGAUACAUGGAUGACUUCAUUUUUACGUACAUUGGUCCUGUGCUCAUCUCUAUAAACCCUUUCAAGCAAAUGCCUUACUUUGGGGACAAAGAAAUUGAGAUGUACCAAGGCGCAGCUCAGUAUGAGAACCCACCUCAUAUCUAUGCACUAGCUGAUAACAUGUACAGAAACAUGAUGAUUGAUCGUGAGAACCAAUGUGUCAUUAUCAGUGGUGAGAGUGGAGCAGGAAAGACAGUAGCAGCAAAGUACAUCAUGAGCUACAUCUCCAAAGUUUCCGGUGGAGGUCCUAGAGUACAGCAUGUUAAAGACAUCAUUCUGCAGUCCAAUCCUCUGCUGGAAGCCUUUGGAAAUGCUAAGACCGUGAGGAACAACAACUCCAGUCGAUUUGGGAAAUACUUUGAGAUUCAGUUCAGUUCCGGCGGUGAGCCAGAUGGUGGGAAAAUCUCCAACUUCCUUUUGGAAAAGUCACGUGUUGUUAUGCGGAAUCCUGGAGAGAGAAGCUUUCACAUCUUCUACCAGUUAAUAGAGGGAGCAGGUGCAGACCAGAAAAGCAGUUUGGGCAUCACCAACUUGGAUUACUACUCUUACCUCAACCAGUCAGGUUCCUACAAGGUUGAAGAUAUUAAUGACAAGCACGAUUUCCAGGAAACCAUGCAUGCUAUGGAUGUGAUCGGUAUCUCAGGGAUGGAUCGCAACAUGGUGCUGCAGAUUGUGGCAGGAAUUCUUCACCUUGGCAACAUUGCCUUCAGGGAGGCAGGGAAUUAUGCUGCUGUUGAAAAUGAUGAGUUUCUGGCAUUUCCUGCCUUUCUUUUGGGCAUCGAUCAGCACCGUCUGAAAGAAAAACUCACCAGCCGUAAGAUGGAUGGCAAGUGGGGGGGCAAAUCAGAGUCCAUAGACGUGACGUUGAAUGUGGAACAGGCUUGUUUCACACGAGAUGCUCUCUCUAAAGCUUUGCACUCUCAUGUUUUCGACUACCUGGUAGAGUCAAUUAAUAAAGCUAUGGUGAAGGACCAUCAAGAGCUGAACGUUGGAGUAUUGGAUAUCUAUGGUUUUGAGAUAUUCCAGAAAAAUGGAUUUGAACAGUUCUGUAUCAACUUUGUGAAUGAAAAACUGCAGCAGAUUUUCAUUGAGUUGACUCUUAAAGCUGAACAGGAUGAAUAUGUACAGGAAGGAAUCCGAUGGACUCCUAUAGAGUACUUCAACAACAAGAUCGUCUGUGACCUCAUUGAGAGUAAAAUUAAUCCUCCAGGGAUCAUGAGUAUACUGGAUGAUGUUUGUGCUACGAUGCAUGCGAAGGUUGAAGGCGCAGAUCAGACUAUGCUGCAGAAGCUCAGAAUGCAGAUCAAUAACCACGAGCACUUUAACAGCUGGAAUCAGGGCUUCAUCAUCCACCAUUAUGCUGGCAAGGUGUCCUAUGAUGCAGAAGGCUUCUGUGAGAGGAACAGGGAUGUGCUGUUUACGGACCUGAUCGAGCUGAUGCAGAGCAGUGAAAUACCUUUCAUCCGUUCCCUGUUCGUGGAAAACCUCAAUGCUGAGAAGAAAGGCAGGCCCACUACUGCAGGGAGUAAAAUCAAGAAACAAGCGAACGAUCUGGUGAGUACGCUAAUGAAGUGUACACCUCACUACAUCCGCUGUAUCAAACCCAAUGAGUCUAAGAAGCCCAAAGACUGGGAGGAGAGCAGAAUGAAGCACCAGGUGGAGUAUCUUGGUCUGAAGGAGAAUAUUAGAGUGAGGCGUGCCGGUUAUGCAUACAGAAGAGUCUUUUGCAAGUUCUUGAACAGGUAUGCCAUUCUGACUAAGGAGUCCUGGCCAACGUGGCGCGGGGAUGAGAAGCAGGGUGUGCUGCACCUCCUGCGCUCUGUAAACAUGGAACAGGACCAGUAUCAGCUUGGACACACCAAAGUUUUCAUCAAAGCCCCAGAGUCGCUCUUCCUGCUGGAGGAGACGAGAGAUCGUAAAUUCGAUGGUUAUGCCAGAGCCAUUCAGACAGCAUGGCGAAAAUAUUGUGCCCGCAAGAAAUAUGUUCAGAUGAGAGAGGAGGCCUCUGAUCUGCUGCUGAACAGGAAGGAGAGGAGAAGAAACAGCCUGAACAGGAACUUUGUGGGUGAUUAUAUUGGUAUGGAUGACCGGCCCGAGCUGAGGCAAUUUUUGGGCAAGAGGGAGAAGAUUGAUUUUUCGGACAAAGUCACCAAAUAUGACAGGCGAUUUAAGGGCAUUAAGAGAGACCUGAUCCUCACCCCUAAAUCAAUUUACCUGAUUGGAAGAGAAAAAGUAAAACAGGGGCCGGAGAAGGGACUGGUGAAAGAGGUCCUGAAGCGUAAAAUUGAUGUUGAGAAGAUUCUGGCUGUUUCUCUGAGCAUAAUGCAGGAUGACUUUAUGAUCCUACACGAGGAGGAGUAUGACAGCCUCCUGGAGUGUGUAUUUAAGACGGAGUUCAUCAGUUUACUGGCACGCAGAUAUGAAGAGAGAACACAGAAAAAACUACCUCUUAAAUUUAGCACCACGCUGGAAAUGAAAGUGAAGAAAGAAGGAUGGGGACCCUGGAAUGCAGGAGGAUCCAGACAGGUGCAGUUCAUCCAGGGACAGGGGGAUGUAGCUGUGCUGCGACCCUCUAACAAAAUGCUGCAGGUCAGCAUUGGACAAGGUCUGCCCAAGAACUCACGUCCUACAAAGAAAGGCAUCAUCACUCAAAACCGCUCCAACAUGUCCAGGUCGCACCACCACACCCCAACACGCUUCGCACCUGCCCCCCCAGUUGCUCACCAGAAUGGAGCACCAAAGAAUGCCAAUCACACCGCCAAUCAAAGGAACUCACAACAUCACAGCAAUCAGAGGCCGACAUCAGGAAAUACAGCCCGCCCCUUCCUGCCUUCUAAUGUCAGUCAGCGCAAGGACAGGGGCAGCAGACAGGCACCCCAGCAACACAACCUGGAUUUCCUUAAAGUACCAGAUCAAGGGGCUGCAGGCAGAAAUCGGCAAGCAUCUGGAAAUGGAGGAAUGGCCCACAGACAGUCCACCUCCAGGCCCACUCCAGGAGGUGGCCGUCCCAAACCUGCCCCCAAGCCCAAGCCCCAGGUGCCUCAGUGUAAGGCUCUUUAUGCUUAUGAUGCCCAAGAUACAGAUGAGCUCAGUUUCAACGCAGAUGACAUCAUUGAAAUUGUUAAAGAAGAUGCCUCUGGUUGGUGGACUGGUAGACUCAGAGGUAAACAAGGCCUUUUUCCAAACAACUACGUGACCAAGAUCUAACCUCUUCUGAUGUUGACAAGGGACCAGAGUUUUUGAAUCUCAGCAGACUCAUUAAAGGAAAAGGAC